AUGUCCAUCCCUGAUGUCAAGAAUGAUGCCUCGAAGGUGCAACUCGUUCGAAUCGGACAUGUGUAUUUUGAACAUUCUAAUCUCUCCGCUUUUGCAAAUUUCGCAGAAGAUUUUGGGUUUAUCAUAGAAAAGAGGACUAGUGAUACAAUCUACUUUCGAGGAUAUGGACGGGAUCCUGUGAUCUACAUUGCAAGUCAGAGCAAAGACGAUCAACCCAGGUUUAAGGGUCCCGCAUUUGUCGCCCGAGACCAGCACGAAUUCGAUAAAGCAUGCAAACUUCCUGGCGCGAUGCAAAGUGACUUGACAGAAGUGCCUGGCGGUGGUAGGCUUUGUACGAUUGCCCGUCCCAACGAGACGUUUAUGCAUAUUAUCUACGGACAAGAGGAGCGCCCUUUUGACCCUUCAGAACCCCCUCCCUCGGCAACCCAUGAAGUCCAAGGUCCUUACAAUGGGCCAUUUGAAAAAAGGCGUUGCGGCGAAUACCAGAGAUAUCAUGAGGGUCCAGCUCUAAUUCACAAAGUCGGACACUUCGGCUACAUCUGCAAAGAAUUCGACGAGGAGCUAGAUUUCUACACCUCUAACUUCAACUUUGUACACUCGGACAUCUUAUUUCAUCCCGAAAUCGCCAAUCUCGAUGUCAUGACAUUCAUGCACCUUGACCUUGGGAAAGAGUUCUCGGAUCAUCACAUUAUGUUUCUGUCGAGAGCGCCGCCGGAGGUUCCAAAAACUUAUGUUCAUCACAGUUCGUAUGAAAUCGCAGAUUUUGAUACUCAGCUUAUCGGCCACGACUGGCUGACCAAGAGAAAGUGGAAAGCUGUCUGGGGCGUAGGCCGACACAUACUAGGUAGUCAAAUAUUCGACUACUGGGAAGACCCUAGCGGUUUUAAGAUUGAGCACUAUGCCGAUGGAGAUGUUGUGAAUGAAGACAAACGGACUGGGAGAGAGGUUGUUGGUCCAACCUCAGUAUGGGGCCCCGAAGUUCCUGUUGGCUUUGGAAACGAUAGUACCAUCAAUAAUCCUGCGUAUUGA